AUGGUGAGAGAAGACAACUGUAAGGUCCAGCGUGGAUCCCAGCAUGCCCGCAGCAACGUGGACAGGCAUGAGGCAUCACUACAUUCCCAUUCCUUGUCUCUGGAGAUGCUGUUGCAUAGAUUGAUGACCACAGACACCAAGCAGGAUGACACGUUUGUCAAAAUCCUGUUGAUGAUAGGGAAGUUUGGCACAUUCCAGUGGAGGCUGGUGGCCCUCACUUUCAUCCCCAACAUCAUGUUGGCCUUCUUUAUGUUUGCUGACACCUUCAUGUUCACUCCCCAGAAGUCCUACUGCAACACCAGCUGGAUCCUGGCAUUGGGCCCCAACCUGUCAGAAGCUGAGCAGCUGAACCUGACCGUGCCCCGAAACUCCAAAGGCAGUUUCAUGACAUGCCACAUGUACUUGCCUGUAUCCCAGGAUCUGGAUUUCAUUAUCCAAUUUGGCCUCAACUAUACAGACACAUGCCAAAAUGGGUGGAUCUAUCCCGACACCAAGAAACGUUCGCUCAUCAAUGAGUUCAACUUGGUGUGUGGCAUGGAACCAAAAAUGGAAACUGUGCAGGCCACGUCUUUGACUGGGCUUCUGAUAGGCGCACUCUUCUCUGGGUUCAUAAGUGACAAGGUAGGUCGCCAGCCUGUCAUCCUGCUGUCGCUGCUGGGGCUGAUUAUCUUUGGCUUCGGGACAGCCUUCGUGAACAGCUUUUACCAAUAUUUGGUCUUUCGCUUCUGCGCCUCGCUGGCAAUGGCCAGCUACACCAUCAGCAGCAUUUCUUUAACCACUGAGUGGCUACGGGGCGAGCACCGAGCCCACAGCACUAUCCUGGGACACUGCUUUUUCGCUGUGGGGAUCAUGUUGCUGACGGGGCUCGCCUAUGGUCUUCCCCACUGGCGGCUGCUGUUUCUGGUGGGCGGGAUGCCCACGUUCCUGUUCAUCUCCUAUAUCUGGAUUCUCCCAGAGUCCCCACAGUGGCUGGUGGUAAAGGGCAAGGUGAAGGAGGCCCAAGAGGUGCUGUGCUAUGCAGCUAGUGUGAACAAGAAGACCAUUCCUUUCAAUCUACUGAAUGAGGUAAGAGGCUCCAGGCCAGGAGUGACUAAGGCCUCUGUCCUGGACUUCUGUAAUAAUAGGCAACUCUUCAAGGUGACCUUGGUGAUGGGUGGUAUCUGGUUUGCUGUCAGUUACAACUAUUUUAUGCUGAGCCUCAAGAUGAAAGAACUUGGCAUGAGCAUCCACUUCAGUCACGUGAUCCCUGGCAUCCUGAAGCUGCCUGCCCGGCUGUGCUGCAUCUUUCUUCUCGCGCGGAUGGGGCGGAAGUGGAGCCUGGCUGUGACUCUCUUCCCAGUCACUGUCAUAAGCUUCCUUCUCCUAAUCUUCCCAGAAGAGCUAAACUCCAUGAUGAUAUUGAUGGUUGCGCUUGGAGAGUUCAGCCUGGCUAUCACUGUCACAGUACUCUUCAUCUACACACCUGAGCUUCUCCCCACCGUCCUCAGGGCGACGGGUCUGGGGCUGGUGUGUCUAGCCUCGAUGACUGGAGCCAUCUUGGCCCUGACGAUAAUUCGCUACACUCCCCACUUCCUGCCUAUCUUUCUGAGCUGCGUCUCAGCCAUCCUGGCCAUAACCUUCACCUCUCUGCUGUGGGAGACGAAAGAUCAGCCCCUCUCCAACAGCCUGGAGCACUUCCCUCUGUUGAGGUUCAAUGUCACAAUGACUGAGGACACAUUGUCUGGUGAUGUGUUUGAGGAGGCAGCGAGGAAUGCCAUUCUCAAUACCCAGAUCCCGAGACUGGACUCAUCUAGUGAUCUGUCUGAGGAGGCAGCGAGGAACACCACUCUCAAUACCCCGACCCAUACUGUCUCCAGUACUGCCCUGAAGCACUUCGAAGACAAGGAAGCAGACAGUCAGGCUCCCUAA